CUCCAUAGAAGAUGAGCAAUUGUGAGCUGUCGAGCUGAAUUGCUGCUGCUAAAUAAUUAAAUAAUAUAUAUUUAACUCUGACAUUUAAAACAUAAGAGCUCGAUAGUUUUUAAUUUUGUAUUUUUUCUGUGUAGUUGAAUAAUGAAUAAUUUCAUUUACCAACAAGUGUAGAUUAUAGACUAAAGUUUAAGUAUAAAUUAUUAAACUGAAAACGUAGCUGAACAGGAUGGGUGAUUCACUGGAUGGGUCUGGUGAACCCACGCCAGAGUCCCAAAUAAUAGCGACUGUUGACUUUACGUCUUUUACUAAUUAUUUGCGUAAAAUAAUAACAAUAUUAGCGCCCGAGGAAGAUGGUGUCCCGCAAGCUUUUAUCGCAGCUCUUGACGACAAGAGUCAUCAGGAUUAUAUUCGAAAAUUUAUCAGCGAUUUUCAAGUAUGGGCACUGUGUAUCCAGCGCAGUUCAACAAAAGAUGAAGACGGAAGCGGUGACGGAGCAGACGACGAGAGAGACAGUACCUACUACAUCUCCACCGAAAUUUACUUCACAAACCCAAAAAUGUCAACCUUGGUACUAACCAAACGAGGAGCGGUCAUAGAAGCCGACAAAUCAAUCUCCUCGCAAGUUCGACUAGUAAACUUCUCCGACGGCCCGCCUUACGAAACUCUUCACGCAAUUAGCAAAACCAUGGCUCCAUUUUUCAAGAGCUACGUCAAAGAGACCGGGCGGGUGGACCGCGAUGGAGACAAAAUGGCUCCAUCAGUUGAGAAAAAAAUCGCGGAGCUUGAAAUGGGGCUGCUGCACCUACAGCAGAACAUCGACAUCCCGGAAAUCUCGCUGCCGGUCCACCAGCUUGUCAUGCAGGUGAUAAAGCAGUGUGCUGACGAGGGGAGAAAGCCCAAAGUCGCGGACUUCGGAGACAAGGUCGAGGACUCGACAUUCCUCAACCAGCUGCAGAACGGAGUCAACCGCUGGAUCAAAGAAAUCCAAAAGGUAACCAAGCUGAACCGGGACCCGGAGUCAGGAACUGCUUUGCAAGAAAUCUCCUUCUGGCUGAACCUAGAACGCGCUCUUCAUCGCAUCCAGGAGAAGCGCGAGAGCACAGAAGUGACUCUGACUCUAGAUAUUCUCAAGCACGGAAAGCGUUUCCAUGCCACCGUGAGUUUCGACACCGACACAGGUCUCAAGCAAGCUCUAGCGACCGUCAAUGAUUACAAUCCUCUGAUGAAAGACUUUCCUAUCAAUGAUUUGCUGUCCGCAACCGAGUUAGAACGCAUCCGAGCCGCAGUCCAGCAGAUAUUUUUGCACAUGCGUAAAAUACGCAACACUAAGUACCCAAUUCAACGCGUGCUGCGUCUAGUAGAAGCUAUUUCUCGGGACUUAAGCCAGCAGCUGUUGAAAGUACUGGGCACGCGUCGGCUAAUGCACAUUCCAUUUGAUGAGUUCGAGAAAGUAAUGACCCAGUGCUUCGAAGUGUUCAACACCUGGGACGACGAGUACGACAAACUAACGGGACUUUUGCGUGACUUUGUCAAAAAGAAACGUGACGAGCAUAUGAAGAUGGUCUGGCGAGUCUCUCCCGCUCAUAAGAAGCUCCAAACAAGGAUGGAACAGAUGCGAAGGUUCAGGAGACAGCACGAACAGUUGCGCACUGUUAUUGUUCGGGUGCUAAGACCUACCGUUCGCCAGAACAGCACCAGCUCUGCAAGCAAUAUUGACAAUCAAGAGAGCGAAAAUGUCAAGGUUGAAUUCGCUCUUGAUGCUGCUGAUGCUAAUGCUAUUGGUGAAGUUAACCUUGCUUAUGAGAAUGUAAAAGAGGUGGACUGCUUAGACAUCACUAAGGAAGGUCUUGAGUCCUGGGAGGCUGCUGUUCAUCGCUAUGAGGAGCGCAUCGAACGCGUGGAAGCAAGAAUCACCGCUCACCUUCGGGAUCAGCUGGGAACUGCUAAGAAUGCUAAUGAGAUGUUCAGGAUAUUCUCUAGGUUCAAUGCUCUGUUUGUCAGGCCUCACAUUCGUGGAGCUAUUCGCGAGUAUCAGACUCAGCUGAUCCAGCGAGUUAAGGAUGAUAUUGAGGCUCUGCAUGAGAAAUUCAAGGUUCAGUAUCCUCAGAGCAAGUGCUGCAAGAUGAGCAUGGUAAGAGACAUUCCUCCGGUCUCGGGAUCUAUUAUCUGGGUCAAGCAGAUCGACUACCAGCUGACGAUGUAUCUCAAGAGGGUUGAAGAUGUCCUGGGAAAAGGCUGGGAGAGCCACAUUGAAGGACAGAAGCUUAAAGCUGAUGGAGAUUCUUUUAGGUUGAAGCUUUCUACUCAGGAGAUAUUCGACGAGUGGGCGAGGAAAGUUCAGCAGAGGAAUAUUGGAGUCACUGGAAGGAUAUUUAUCAUUGAUACUGUCAGGUCUAGGUCAGGAAGGGGCAAUGUACUGAAGUUGAAGGUUAAUUUCUUGCCUGAGAUUAUCAUGCUGUCGAAGGAAGUCAGGAAUUUGAAGAACCUCGGGUUCCGUGUGCCCUUGGCGAUUGUUAAUAAGGCACACCAGGCGAAUCAGUUGUAUCCGUUUGCUAUCAGUCUUAUUGAAAGUAUCAGGACUUAUGAGAGAACUCUGGAAAAACUUACAUCUCGGAGUCCCCACUGUCCCACAUUAAAGAUUGAAGACAAGGCAAGUAUUAUUCCAUUGGUUGCUGGAAUGCGAAAAGAUGUUCUUUCUUUAUUCUCAGAGGGAAUAGCAUUAGUGUGGGAGAGCUACAAAUUAGACCCAUACGUCCAGCGUUUAUCAGACAUCGUGGUCCAGUUCCAAGAGAAAGUCGACGACCUUUUGGUAGUCGAAGAGCAACUGGACGUCGACGUAAGAUCCUUAGAAACUUGUCCUUACUCCGCAAACACAUUUGCAGACAUCCUAGCAAAGAUUCAAAAGUCAGUCGACGAAUUAUCCCUAAAAAAUUACUCCAACUUGCACAUCUGGGUGGCAAGACUAGACGAGGAAGUAGAGAAGAACCUAGCAGCACGAUUAGAAGCCGGUGUGAAGGCGUGGACAGACGCUCUGAUGGGCCAAAAGAAGGAAGUAGACCUGAGCAUGGACACCGACGCGCCAGCAAAGCCCACCCACAAGCCCGGCGGAGACCCCAAAAUCCAGAACCAAAUCCACGAGGUCAGAAUCACCAACCAAACUAUGUACCUCUACCCCAGCAUCGAGGACGCGCGUUUCCAAAUAAUGCAGCAAUUGUUCGCAUGGCAAGCGAUCGUCACCUCCCAAGUGCGUCUUCAGAGCUCGCGUUACCAAGUUGGACUCGACAAGCCAGAGUCUGGAACCUACAGAAAUUUACUCACCAAGCUUCCGAGCGGCAAGCAACCUUUAGAAGCCGCUUACGAGUCUAUAGAAUCAAAAAUAAAAGACGUAGCCGAGUAUGUAGACCAGUGGCUGCGCUAUCAAGCUCUCUGGGAUCUCCAACCGGACAAUCUUUACGGCAAACUCGGCGAUGACAUCAAUUUGUGGAUGAAGUGCUUGAAUGACAUCAAAAAAACACGCACGACUUUCGACACCUCGGACACGCGUCGCGAGUUCGGUCCAGUUAUCAUCGACUUUGCUAAAGUACAGAGCAAGGUGUCGCUCAAGUACGACUCGUGGCACAAAGAGACUCUCGGUAAAUUUGGCGCGUUGCUCGGCAAUGAAAUGACGAGUUUCCACGGGCAGGUAUCUAAAUCUCGCAGCGACUUGGAGCAGCAGUCGAUAGAAGCUGCUAGUACUACCGACGCGGUAGGAUUCAUCACUUACGUCCAGUCGCUGAAGCGCAAGAUGAAGGUCUGGGAGAAGCAAGUGGACAUUUAUCGGGAAGGCCAGCGGAUUCUUGAGCGCCAGCGGUUCCAAUUUCCUUCGUCUUGGCUGCACGUGGACAAUAUUGAAGGCGAGUGGGGAGCUUUUAAUGAAAUAAUAAAGCGCAAAGACUUGAGCAUCCAGACCCAAGUCGCUUCGCUGCAGAUGAAGAUAGUCGCUGAAGACAAAGCUGUUGAGACACGCACCACUGACUUCCUGGGUGACUGGGAGCGUGGCAAGCCCGUGGAGGGACACUUGAGACCCGACGAAGCGCUCCAGCAGCUUCAGAUGUUUGAGAGUAAAUUUGCCAGGCUCAAAGAAGAACGCGACAAUGUCGCGAAGGCUAAAGAAGCUCUUGAGUUACAGGAGCCUGGUGGAGUAUCUAGUACCAGUGAAGACAGGAUGCAAGUUGUCUUUGAAGAGCUUCAAGACUUGCGUGGUGUUUGGUCUGAGUUGUCACGAAUUUGGGCUCAAAUUGACGAGACAAGAGAGAAGCCCUGGUUGUCUGUCCAGCCGCGGAAACUCCGCCAGCAGCUUGAUACAAUGAUGGCCCAGUUGAAGGAACUGCCUGCUAGACUGCGUCAGUACUCUUCUUACGAGUAUGUCAAAAAAAUGCUCCACAAUUACACCAAGGUCAACAUGCUGAUUGUUGAAUUGAAGUCCGACGCGCUGAAAGAGCGCCACUGGAAGCAACUGACGAAGCAAUUAAGGGUGAACUGGAUUCUGAGUGAGCUUACCCUGGGUCAAGUCUGGGAUGUAAAUUUGCAGAAGAACGAGAGCAUUGUUAAGGACAUUAUUCUGGUCGCUCAGGGAGAAAUGGCUCUUGAGGAGUUCUUGAAGCAAGUACGCGAAUCCUGGCAGACUUAUGAGCUCGAUUUGAUAAAUUAUCAGAGCAAGUGUCGGUUGAUAAGAGGCUGGGAUGAUUUGUUUAAUAAAGUUAAAGAGCAUAUUAAUUCAGUGGCUGCUAUGAAGCUCUCGCCUUACUACAAAGUCUUUGAAGAAGAGGCUCUUACCUGGGAGGAAAAAUUAAAUCGGAUUAAUGCGUUGUUUGACGUCUGGAUUGAUGUUCAAAGACGCUGGGUUUAUUUAGAGGGAAUUUUCUCCGGUAGCGCUGAUAUUAAAACACUUUUACCCGUUGAGACUUCUAGAUUCCAAAGUAUCAGUUCGGAGUUUUUGGGACUGAUGAAAAAAGUGUCCAAGUCUCCGAUGGUGAUGGACGUUUUGAACAUUCCAGGAGUCCAAAGAGCGCUAGAGCGGCUCGCAGAUUUAUUAGGAAAAAUACAGAAGGCUCUGGGUGAGUAUCUUGAACGCGAGCGUACGUCAUUCCCUAGGUUUUACUUUGUAGGGGAUGAAGAUCUGCUGGAGAUAAUUGGUAACAGUAAAAACGUCGCGCGUCUUCAGAAACAUUUUAAAAAAAUGUUCGCGGGAGUCGCUGCUAUUUUGCUGAAUGAAGACAACACAGUAAUUACUGGAAUGGCUUCUCGUGAAGGAGAAGAGGUCAGUUUCCAGACUCCAGUGUCUACUGUAGAGCAUCCUAAGAUCAACGAGUGGCUGACUUUAGUAGAAAAAGAAAUGAGAGUGACUUUAGCGUCUUCUUUAGCCAAAGCUGUUUCUGAUAUAAAACAAUUUAAAGAUGGCAACAUCCAUGCUGACGCUUUCAUGACCUGGUGUGACAAUUAUCAAGCUCAGAUUGUCGUCCUGGCUGCGCAGAUUCUGUGGUCAGAAGACGUGGAAGCGGCUUUGCACGAAGCCCAGUCGCAGGCGAGUGAUAAGAACCCUCUGGAGCGAGUUCUUACCCAAGUCGAGGGGACUCUUAAUGUCCUGGCGGACUCCGUGCUUCAAGAACAGCCUCCGUUGAGGCGGAAGAAGUUGGAGCACUUGAUAAACGAGUUUGUUCAUAAGAGAACAGUCACCCGGCGGUUGAUUGCGAAUAAAGUCUCCAACCCGAAGGCGUUCGAGUGGCUCUGUGAGAUGAGGUUCUACUUCGACCCUCGGCAGACGGAAGUCCUCCAGCAGUUGACGAUUCAUAUGGCCAACGCAAAGUUCUUCUACGGGUUUGAGUACUUGGGAGUUCAGGAUAGACUUGUGCAAACUCCUUUGACGGACCGCUGCUACUUGACGAUGACUCAAGCGCUGGAAGCGAGGCUUGGAGGCUCUCCGUUCGGACCGGCUGGUACUGGCAAGACCGAGUCGGUUAAAGCUCUAGGUCAUCAGCUGGGAAGGUUCGUGCUGGUGUUUAAUUGUGACGAGACCUUUGACUUCCAGGCGAUGGGACGGAUCUUUGUGGGGCUCUGUCAAGUCGGAGCUUGGGGGUGCUUUGACGAGUUUAACCGGCUGGAGGAGCGCAUGCUCUCGGCUGUCUCGCAGCAGGUACAGACUAUUCAGGAAGCUCUUAAGAGUCAGAUGGAAGGUACUAAAAAAGAGGGAACGACUUUGUGUGUCGAGUUGGUGGGCAAGCAGGUUAAAGUGUCCACUGAUAUGGCGAUAUUUAUUACUAUGAAUCCUGGUUAUGCUGGACGGUCUAAUUUGCCGGAUAAUCUUAAAAAAUUGUUCAGGUCGCUUGCUAUGACCACGCCUGACAGGCAGCUCAUUGCUGAAGUUAUGCUGUUUAGUCAGGGAUUCAGGUCUGCUGAGAAACUCGCUUGUAAGAUUGUUCCCUUCUUUAAGUUGUGUGAUGAGCAAUUGUCCAAUCAGUCGCACUAUGAUUUUGGAUUGAGGGCUUUGAAGUCGGUGCUGAUUUCUGCGGGGAAUGUUAAGAGAGAUAGGAUUCAGAAGAUUAAGGAGGGAAUGGUUCAGAGGAACGGCGAGGAGAAUGUUGAUGAAGCUUCGAUUGCUGAAAAUUUACCCGAACAGGAGAUUCUUAUUCAGUCUGUCUGUGAGACAAUGGUUCCUAAGCUGGUUGCUGAAGACAUUCCGCUCCUUUUCAGUCUUCUUAAUGAUGUGUUCCCAAGUGUUAAUUACACUCGAGCUGAAAUGAAAGGAUUGAAAGAUCAAAUAAGAAAAGUUUGCGCUGAGGAGUAUCUAGUAUGCGGUGAAGGCGAUGAUGAACAAGGAGGCGCUUGGCAAGAAAAGGAGCUGGUUGGUGAAACUUGGGUAGAAAAGGUCUUACAACUGUACCAAAUUUGCAACUUAAACCACGGACUGAUGAUGGUGGGCCCAAGCGGAUCCGGCAAAACAACAGCCUGGAAAGUGCUUCUAAAAGCUCUGGAGCGAUUCGAAGGAAUUGAGGGCGUAGCUCACGUAAUUGACCCGAAAGCCAUCAGCAAAGAGACUCUCUACGGAGUCUUGGACCCGAACACCCGCGAAUGGACCGACGGUCUAUUCACACACAUUUUGCGAAAAAUAAUCGACAACGUCCGUGGAGAAAUAAACAAACGCCAGUGGAUAAUCUUCGACGGUGACGUCGACCCGGAGUGGGUAGAAAAUCUCAACUCAGUACUUGACGACAACAAACUCCUGACUCUCCCCAACGGAGAACGUUUAAGCUUGCCUCCAAAUGUCCGAGUAAUGUUCGAAGUUCAAGAUUUAAAAUACGCAACUCUGGCGACUGUAUCACGUUGUGGAAUGGUCUGGUUCUCCGAAGACGUGCUCUCUACAGAGAUGAUCUUCGAGCACUAUUUACUCCGUCUGAAGAACAUUCCCCUCGAAGACAACGACGAAGACAACAACCUCAGCAAGAAAAUCCUCACCGGAGACAACAAAGACGACACAAUGUCCCCCGGACUCUCCGUUCAAUGCGAAGUAGCGAGCAUUCUCCAGAGUUACUUCGCACCCGACGGCCUAGUCGUCCGCUGUCUGGAAUACGCCAUGAAGCAAGAGCACAUAAUGGACUUCACCCGGCUGCGAGCACUCAGCUCGCUUUUCUCAAUGCUCAACCAAGCAGUCCGCAAUAUUCUGCAGUACAAUCACACCCACAUCGACUUUCCGCUGCCCAGUGAGCAGCUGGAGCGCUACAUGCCCAAGUGUCUGGUCUACGCUCUGCUCUGGAGCUUUGCCGGAGACGCUAAGCUAAAAGUAAGGUCCGACUUGGGUGACUUUAUCCGGUCUAUCACCACAGUACCGCUGCCUCAGGGCAGUAACAUCCCGAUAAUCGACUUUGAGGUCAACAUUCAUGGCGAGUGGCUCCCUUGGAGCAACAAAGUCCCGCAGAUUGAAGUCGAGACUCACAAAGUCGCCAGCCCUGACAUUGUAGUCCCCACUUUGGACACAGUAAGACACGAGAGUCUUUUAUACACCUGGCUAGCUGAGCACAAGCCUCUUGUCCUUUGCGGUCCCCCGGGUUCAGGAAAAACAAUGACUUUAUUCUCAGCUCUGAGAGCUCUGCCAGACAUGGAAGUAGUUGGACUGAAUUUCUCGUCUGCUACCACACCAGAGUUACUCUUAAAGACCUUCGACCACUAUUGUGAGUACAGAAAAACUCCCAAUGGAGUUAUUCUCUCCCCAGUGCAAUUGGGCAAGUGGCUCGUGCUCUUCUGCGACGAAAUAAAUUUACCUGACAUGGAUAAUUACGGUACUCAGCGAGUGAUAUCCUUUUUACGGCAACUGGUGGAACAUCGCGGGUUCUACAGAACUAGCGACCAAGCCUGGGUGACUUUAGAGCGAAUCCAGUUCGUGGGAGCUUGCAAUCCUCCGACAGAUCCCGGAAGAAAGCCCUUGAGCCACAGAUUCCUGAGACAUGUGCCAGUUAUCUAUGUAGACUAUCCCGGAGAGACUUCUCUGAAGCAAAUUUACGGUACGUUUACUCGCGCGAUGCUGAGAUUAACUCCCUCGCUGCGGGGGUAUGCAGAGCCGCUCACUAACGCGAUGGUAGAAUUCUACUUGGCGUCUCAGGAGAAAUUCACCCAAGACAUGCAGCCGCACUAUGUUUACUCGCCUAGAGAGAUGACCAGGUGGGUCAGAGGAAUUUGCGAAGCUAUCCGUCCGCUGGAUAGCUUGGCUGUUGAAGGACUGGUUCGUCUGUGGGCUCACGAGGCGCUGAGACUCUUCCAGGAUAGGCUUGUGGAAGACUCUGAGAGAGCUUGGACGAAUAAGAACAUUGAUAUUGUCGCUACUAAGCAUUUUAUGGGCGUAGAUAAGGAGAAAGCGCUCUCAAGGCCGAUUUUAUACAGCAACUGGCUGUCCAAGGAUUAUGUCCCGGUUAAUAGACAAGAACUCCGUGAUUAUGUACGCGCUAGGCUUAAAGUGUUCUAUGAAGAAGAGCUGGAUGUUCCUUUGGUGCUUUUUGAUGAAGUUCUGGAGCAUGUAUUGAGGAUUGACAGGAUUUUUAGGCAGCCUCAGGGACAUUUGCUGCUAAUUGGAGUCUCUGGAGCGGGGAAGACUACUCUCUCGAGGUUCGUCGCUUGGAUGAACGGUUUGUCGAUCUUCCAGAUUAAGGUUCAUAAUAAAUACACCGGAGAGGACUUUGAUGAAGACUUGAGACAAGUUUUGAGACGCUCAGGGUGCAAAGAUGAGAAAAUAGCAUUUAUUUUGGACGAAUCUAAUGUUUUGGAGUCGGGAUUCUUGGAGAGGAUGAACACCUUGCUGGCCAAUGGAGAAGUCCCGGGUCUUUUUGAAGGAGAUGAGUACACGACGUUGAUGACUCAGUGUAAAGAAGGAGCACAGCGGGAAGGAUUGAUGCUAGAUUCUAAUGAAGAGCUCUACAAGUGGUUCACUGGUCAAGUUAUGAAAAACUUGCAUGUGGUAUUCACGAUGAAUCCUAGCACAGAUGGGUUAAAAGACCGCGCAGCUACUUCACCAGCGUUGUUCAAUCGUUGUGUACUAAAUUGGUUCGGAGACUGGUCGGACAAUGCGCUGUUCCAGGUGGGAAGAGAGUUCACGUCCAGGGUUGAUCUGGAGAGACCUUCUUGGAGGUGUCCUGACUUCUUCCCGUCAGCUUGCUCGUUGAUUCCUAACCCUCCGAAUCAUCGAGACGCCGUUGUCAAUGCGUUUGUUUAUGUACAUCAGACGCUUCAUAAAGCUAAUGCGAGGCUUGCUAAGCGGGGAAGUCGCACGAUGGCUAUUACUCCUAGGCACUACUUGGACUUUAUCAAUCAUUUUGUUAAAUUGUAUCAGGAGAAACGGAGUGAUUUGGAGGAACAGCAGCUGCAUCUUAAUGUUGGGCUGAGCAAAAUUGCUGAGACUGUUGAACAGGUUGAGGAAAUGCAGAAGAGUUUGGCUGUUAAGUCACAGGAACUUCAAGCUAAAAACGAUGCUGCUAAUGCAAAACUCCGACAAAUGGUAAAAGAUCAACAGGAAGCUGAGAAGAAAAAAGUACAGAGUCAAGAAAUUCAACAGCAAUUAGCAAUCCAAACAGUUGCUAUUGAUCAGAAGCGAGAAGAUGUCAUGGCUGAUUUAGCUCAAGUAGAACCAGCUGUAAUUGACGCCCAGACUGCGGUGAAGUCAAUAAAGAAACAACAUCUGGUUGAAGUACGUUCGAUGGCAAAUCCACCGGCGAUUGUUAAAGUCGCCCUCGAGUCAAUUUGUUUAUUAUUAGGUGAAAAUGCAAGCGAUUGGAAAUCAAUUCGUGCUGUCAUCAUGCGAGACAACUUUAUCAAUACUAUCGUCUCUAAUUUCAGUACUGAGGAUAUUACGGAUGAAGUACGUGAAAAAAUGAAGAACCGGUACCUCAGUAAUCCUGAUUAUAAUUUCGAGAAAGUAAAUCGUGCUAGUAUGGCAUGUGGACCUAUGGUUAAAUGGGCAAUUGCUCAGAUCGAGUAUGCCGACAUGUUGAAACGCGUGGAGCCACUCCGUGAAGAGCUCUACUCCCUAGAAAGACAAGCCGAAACCAACAAAGAGAAGGGCGAAGAGGUCAAAAAAUUGAUCGCUGAACUAGAACUAAGUAUCGCAUCCUACAAAGAAGAGUACGCACAACUCAUAUCCCAAGCUCAAGCUAUCAAGACAGACCUGGAGAACGUCCAAGGCAAAGUAGACCGAUCAAUAGCCCUAAUAAAGUCCCUUGUAAUCGAGCGAGAACGAUGGGAGGCCACCAGCGAGACAUUCCGUAGCCAAAUGUCCACAAUAAUCGGCGACGUGUUGCUAUCUUCCGCAUUCCUAGCCUACGCAGGUUACUUCGACCAGCACUACCGCCAGAACCUGUUCACCACCUGGUGCCAGCACCUGCAGAACGCCAACUUACAAUUCCGCCCAGACAUAGCUCGAACCGAGUAUCUGUCCAACCCUGACGAGCGUCUGCGCUGGCAAGCGAAUGCUCUGCCCACCGACGACCUGUGUACAGAAAACGCGAUAAUGCUCAAGCGGUUCAACAGAUACCCGCUGAUAAUAGACCCCUCUGGCCAAGCUACUGAGUUCAUCAUGAACGAGUUCAAGGACCGGAAGAUAACCAAGACCAGUUUCUUGGACGAUUCCUUCAGGAAGAACCUCGAGAGUGCUCUGCGUUUCGGAAACCCGCUCCUAGUUCAAGAUGUCGAAAACUACGACCCGAUAUUGAACCCGGUGCUGAACCGCGAGCUUCGUCGAACCGGUGGGAGAGUUUUGAUAACUCUCGGCGAUCAGGACAUCGACUUGUCGCCGUCAUUUGUUAUUUUCUUGUCCACCCGCGACCCAACCGUUGAAUUCCCACCUGACAUUUGCUCCCGAGUCACCUUUGUUAAUUUCACAGUCACCAGAAGCUCGCUCCAGAGCCAGUGUCUCAACCAAGUCCUCAAAGCAGAGCGCCCUGACAUUGAUGAAAAACGCUCAGAUUUAUUAAAACUCCAAGGAGAAUUCCACUUAAGAUUAAGACAGCUAGAAAAAUCGCUUCUCCAAGCGCUCAACGAUGCUAAAGGUAAAAUCCUUGAUGACGACUCAGUAAUCACCACUUUAGAAACUCUCAAACAAGAAGCCGCUGACAUCAGCAAGAAAGUCGAAGAAACUGACAAAGUUAUCGCAGAAAUUGAAACUGUGUCCCAUCAAUAUUUGCCUUUAUCUCAAGCAUGCUCCAACAUUUACUUCACCAUGGACAGUUUGAACCAAAUCCACUUUUUGUACCAAUACUCCCUCAAAAUGUUCUUGGAUAUUUUCACAUCAGUCUUAUCACAAAAUCCAAAAUUAACAGGCCUAUCUGACUACACCCAACGACUGUCUUUAAUCACCAGCGACUUAUUUUCAGUCUGCUACGAACGGGUCGCCCGUGGAAUGUUACACGCCGACCGGAUGACCUUCGCGUUGCUCCUCUGCCGCAUCCACCUGAAAGGAAUCGUCAGCGAGUCAACCUACGACCCGGAGUUCACUUUCUUCUUGCGAGGCAAGGAAGGUGUGAUGAACGUCCGUGGGCCUCUGAUACCAAACUUGACCUCCGAGCAGCAAGAAGCGAUGCUGCGUCUGAGCCUUCGGCUCCCAGCGUUCAAAAAAUUAGCCCAGUUCAUCCAAGAAAACAGCAGUGAGUUCGCGACUUGGCUACAAUCUCCAACUCCCGAGACCGCUGUUCCUAAAUUAUGGGAAGAAAGAAUUUCUGAUGAUGAGGAAGAAGUAACUAAAGUACUGUCACCUAUCGGCCACGCGAUUUAUCAACUGCUGGUGAUCCAAGCCUUCAGACCCGACCGGGUGAUCGCAGCAGCGGCUCUGUUCAUAAACUCAGCUCUGGGUGACAAAUUCAUGGCAGCUGCUGAGGUAGAAUUAGACUUUGCGUCGGUAGUGGAGAACCAAUUAAAAGCAGCAGUCCCCGCAUUGCUGUGCUCAGUUCCAGGAUUCGACGCUUCGAGUCGUGUUGAUGACUUAGCAGCGGAGUUAGGCAAGCAGAUUGUCAGCAUAGCUAUCGGCUCCGCGGAAGGAUUCAACCAAGCAGACCGGGCGAUAAACAUGGCAGUGAAAGCAGGACGUUGGGUGAUGCUCAAGAAUGUCCACUUAGCUCCGCAGUGGCUUGUGCAAUUAGAAAAAAAAUUACACAGCUUGCAGCCGCAUGCUGGCUUUAGAUUAUUCUUGACCAUGGAGAUCAACCCGAAGGUUCCAGUGAAUUUACUGCGAGCCGGAAGGAUAUUUGUCUUUGAGCCACCUCCGGGAAUACGCGCGAACUUGCUAAGAACCUUCAGCACCGUUCCAGCUUCUAGAAUGAUGAAAGCGCCGAAUGAGCGCGCGAGAUUGUACUUCUUGCUCGCGUGGUUCCACGCAAUUGUCCAGGAGCGGCUUCGCUACGCGCCAUUAGGGUGGUCCAAGUACUACGAGUUCAACGAGAGCGACCUGCGCGUCGCUUGCGACACCCUGGACACCUGGAUAGAAGCUACCGCGAUGGGAAGGACGAAUUUGCCACCUGAGAAAGUCCCCUGGGACGCUUUGGUGACCUUGUUGUCGCAGUGCAUCUACGGGGGCAAGAUAGACAACGAGUUUGACCAGCGGCUCCUUGCGUCCUUCUUGAGGAAGCUUUUCACGCCCAGAUCCUUUGAGGGAGACUUCGCUCUGGUGGCUAAUGUUGACGGAAGCGGAAGCGGGAGCCAAGGGAAUCAACCUAGACAUAUCACGAUGCCCGAUGGAACUAGGAGAGAUCAUUUCUUGAAGUGGAUCGAGUCGCUGUCUGACAGACAGACGCCUUCCUGGCUCGGGCUGCCGAAUAAUGCGGAGAAGGUGUUGUUAACCACUCGCGGGACUGAUCUAGUGUCCAAGCUGCUGAAGAUGCAGCAGCUCGAGGACGAGGAUGAGCUGGCUUACUCUACGGAUGAUACUCUUGGCGGAGACACUCCGAGAGAGGCUGAUGUUGAUGGAAGACCUUCUUGGAUGCGGGUGCUUUAUAAUUCAGCUUCUACUUGGCUGCAAUUGCUGCCUAAGAACUUGCAGACGCUCAAGCGCACUGUGGAGAAUAUUAAAGAUCCUCUUUAUCGGUACUUUGAGCGAGAGGUCAAUAGUGGAGCUAAGUUACUCCAAGAUGUGAUCCAUGAUCUUGAAGAUGUGGUGAUGAUCUGCCAGGGAGAGAAGAAACAAACUAAUUAUCAUCGCACGAUGCUGUCUGAAUUGGUGAAGGGAAUUUUGCCUGCUGGGUGGAGGAGGUACACUGUUCCUAGAGGGUGUACUGUCAUCCAGUGGAUCACGGACUUCAGUCAUCGGGUGUCUCAGCUGCAAGAAGUUUCGAGGCUGGUUUCUCAAGGCGGUGCUAAGGAAAUCAAAAGCUUUCCUGUAUGGUUGGGAGGAUUGUUGAACCCUGAGGCUUAUAUCACUGCGACUAGGCAGUGUAUUGCGCAGGCUAACAGCUGGUCGCUUGAAGAACUCCAGCUGGAUGUUACUAUUGGAGAUGGGGAUAAUAUUGCGACUGAUGACUGCUCUUUCGCGGUCACUGGGUUGAAGCUACAGGGCGCUUUGUGUAAGGAUAAUCAGCUGUAUCUUACUUCGACUAUUAUGACUGAUUUGCCUGUUACUAUGCUGAGGUGGAGUCGGUCUUCGACCGAGGAAAUGAGAAAGGGAAAAUUGUCUCUUCCGGUUUAUCUUAAUAGUACGAGGACUGAGCUGCUGUUUACUAUUGAUCUUAACACUGCGGUCAAUCAGGAACCUCACAGCUUUUAUGAACGCGGAGUCGCGGUGCUUACUUCUACGGCUUUGAAUUAAAUUUUAAUUGUUUUUUUGGGUUUAUUUUUUUUAUUCCGGUUUUAAGUUUCUUUUUUAUUAUUUUAGGA